AUUUGGUGUUGGUGAUAUUAUUUCCAGACAGUGAAUUCAAUACCUUGCUUAGUUUUCAUCAAAGAUGACAAAUGAAACGGCGAUUACAUCGACGCAACACAUUAUACCAUCCGAACAACUGUAUAAUCAUCAAACACAGCAAAAUACUUACUCAACGACGCAAGCCACAUCUUCACAUGGCGGCGGUAUCGUGCGGCCAGCAUCGAGCAAUGUCUCCGGCAUUGUAUCAAAUCUAUCUUCAGGACAAGGCCUUGAACCUUUACUAUCAUUGUCGAGCCACGAACUUACCCGAAAAUCAAGUACUCGUCGACAAGAAAAACCACCAUACUCGUACAUCGCCCUUAUUGUUAUGGCUAUCCAAUCGAGUCCGGGCAAAAGAUUGACACUCUCAGAAAUUUACGCUUACUUGCAACAACAUUUUCCCUUUUUUCGAGGUAGUUAUCAAGGAUGGAAAAAUUCAGUACGUCAUAAUUUAAGUCUUAACGAAUGUUUUAUCAAACUACCGAAGGGUCUUGGUCGACCGGGUAAGGGUCAUUAUUGGACUAUUGAUCCAUCCAGUGAAUUCAUGUUCGAAGAAGGUAGUUUUCGAAGAAGGCCACGAGGAUUUAGACGCAAAUGCCAAAAUUUAAAACCUCAAUAUGCGCCGUAUUAUUCGACAUCUAUCAAUGCUGCUGGGGUGCAAACACCAGCAUAUGAAAAUCUAACAACAAAUCUUGAAUAUUCUAAUGGUUAUCAAAAUCAGUAUCAAAAUUAUCCCGACUACAGUGCAGUAUAUGGUAACUCGGCAGGUAUAAAUUCAGCCGGAGAUUGGAUGCAUUCAGAACACGCUUAUAAAGCAGCUCCUGUAGGCGAGCUCACAUACAAGACAACCGAAGUUACAUAUAAAGCUGGAAAUCCAUCUAUUUAUCGAGGCAACGAAAUUGCAACUUUCAAAAGUGAACCAAGCUAUUCAAGAAGUAUGCCGCAGGAAACUUUAUCACUUAUUAGAAAUGACUGUUUUCAAAAAGAUCACCACCUGCAACACUUGCAGCAACAAGAUAUAGGGUUUAAGAUUGAUCUUCAAUCAGAAGCUAAUACAGUUUAUAGUAAAUGCCAUGGCGUUGUACCAACAAAUAAUACAUGUAUGAAUAAUAAUCAAGCUCAAGAUUACUAUGCAGCUUAUGGUGCUUUAACUGGACACGCUCAAUCAAUUAACGUUAAUGCAACCAUACAAGCUAUUCAAACGAUUGGAUCAGAAACAUCAACGAAUCCAUUAAUAAACGUUCGUUCUUCACCUGACAACUGUCACACAUCAAACUUACGGCAACAGAACACUAGCGGCGGUCGCUCAAUUGAUCAAGAUCCGUCGGCAUCAAUGGAUCGAAAAACAUUUUUGAGUACAACAACGUCUGCUACUGUAACUUCAAGUUCUACAAUUUUGAAUACGCUGAGUCUGGGAAAUGAGGGAUCUCUCGAUAGUAAUAUAGUGAAUUCCAGCAACAGCACUGAAAUUGCUGUAUCAACAUCAGCAAAUCAAUCCAUUUAUUACGAUCAAAUCAAAUAUAGUAUAUAA